AUGCCCGAUCCUUUCGCUCCGCGCUCGAUGAAGCGCAAGAAUGUCAAGGGCCUCGCCCUGACGCCUGCCUCUCCCAAACCGCCCCCAACCGCCGAAACUAGCAGGCAUGACUACGAUUCCCGUGAUCAGGACGGCAACGACCAGAGCGCACAACUCGAGAUUGGCAUUGAGUACAAGCUGGACCUGAAACAAGAAGACCUGGAGGUCCUGAAAGAACUGGGAUCCGGCAACGGUGGUACGGUCAGCAAGGUUAGGCAUGUUCUUACCGGAACUGUCAUGGCCAGAAAGGUCAUCCACGUAGAAGCGAAGAAGGAGAUGCGUAAACGUAUAGUAAGAGAGCUACAGAUUAUGCACGGAUGCCACUCGGCAAACAUUGUCAACUUUUACGGCGCAUUCCUCAACGACAACAACGAUGUCAUCAUGUGUAUGGAAUACAUGGACGUUGGUUCUUUGGACCGGGUGUCGCGGGUCUUUGGUCCCAUUCGAGUCGAUGUGCUCGGCAAGAUCGCUGAAGCUACAUUAGGUGGCUUGACGUACCUCUACUCAAAGCAUCACAUCAUGCACCGCGACAUCAAACCCUCGAAUAUUCUGGUCAACUCUAGGGGCAGUAUCAAGUUGUGUGACUUUGGUGUUUCUGGCGAACUUGUCAACUCUGUCGCAGACACUUUUGUUGGCACAUCGACUUAUAUGGCCCCUGAGCGUAUCCAAGGCGAAAAGUAUACAGUCAAGUCAGAUGUCUGGAGUUUCGGCCUUACCAUCAUGGAGCUUGCCAUUGGAAAGUUUCCGUUCGCCGCAAGCGAGCAGCUAUCGGAUGGGGAUGGUGCCCCUGCUGGUAUUCUUGACCUGUUGCAGCAAAUCGUCCACGAGCCCGCACCGAAGCUGCCGAAGAGUGACGCAUUCCCUUCUAUCCUCGAGGAUAUGAUUCAAAGGUGUCUCUCUAAAGUCCCCGAGGAGCGGUCCACGCCUCAGGAAUUGUUUGUAAGUACCUGCCCAAUUGCUUUGUCUACCGGGUUCCCGUGCCACAAGAAGAGACAGCGUUUGACCAAACACUCAGGAUCGUGA